UUUGUGUUUGUACACACAGAGGCGGCCGCGGGAAGCCGAGAGUAGGCAGGACCGCAAGGGAGUGGGCGCGGCCUCGCCUUCCCUCCAUUGUGUGCCAUUGGCGGCCGGGCGAGGAGGGGGCGUGAUCUGGGCGGGCGGAGGGCGUCGCUUAGCAGCGGAGACUGCCCUCCCGAGUCAGCCAUCUUUCAAUUGUGCUCUCAGCCGCCGCCGUCGCCCGCAGCAGCUUCAGCGCCGCCUCGCUCUUCUUGCCUGUUUGGCAGCCGUGCUCAGCCUCAGCGGACGGGGGGACUAGGGCUGCAUUUCGUGAUUGUUUCCAUUUUGUUGGGGAUGAGUUUGCCAGCGAGAGGCGCUUGGGAGCGAGGCAGCCUUAGGACGGGCAAUGGUACAGACAGAGGCAGCGCCGAAAAACCAGCCCCCCCAAAAAAGUGUAAGGGAGAGAAGUUCGCGGGAACAUGGCUCGUACCAAGCAAACUGCCCGUAAAUCCACCGGUGGGAAGGCGCCCAGGAAGCAACUCGCGACAAAAGCCGCUCGCAAGAGUGCGCCCUCUACUGGUGGGGUCAAGAAACCUCAUCGCUACAGGCCAGGUACUGUGGCUCUUCGUGAAAUCAGGCGUUAUCAGAAGUCAACUGAACUUCUGAUCCGCAAACUUCCUUUCCAGCGCCUGGUGCGUGAAAUUGCUCAGGACUUCAAAACAGAUCUGCGUUUCCAGAGCGCAGCUAUUGGUGCUUUGCAGGAGGCAAGUGAGGCCUACCUGGUUGGCCUGUUUGAAGACACCAACCUUUGUGCUAUCCACGCCAAACGUGUCACAAUCAUGCCAAAAGAUAUCCAGCUAGCACGCCGCAUACGUGGAGAGCGUGCUUAAGUUCUGCGAAGAUGGAUUUUUCAUUCUCAAAACAAAUAAAAUCUCUUCUUCCUGUUAUUGGUAGUAAUGAACGUUAGAUAAUUUUUUUCCAUGG